UUGAAAUGUUGACUUAGCACGAUGCAUGCAACUAAGCUAUAAUAAUGAAUAUUUUUGUUAUGUUAAGUAAUUAAUUUCUCUUAAUUAUUUUCUUUGUUUGAUUCAGAAAGAUGCAGGAUGAGAAAAAAGUGGUGAAAAUUAAGCUUGAAGCAGAAAAGGGUGAUUCACAAUUAAAGAAAAAUGGGCCUCCUUCUGACUCUUACUCUUGGAGAAAAUAUGGACAAAAGCUCGUCAAAGGAUCUCCUUAUCCAAAGGGUUAUUACCGAUGCAGCACAUCAAAGGGCUGUUUAGCUAAGAAACAAGUAGAGAGGUGCAAAGAAGAUGCUUCAAUUCUCAUAAUCACUUACUUCUCAGCCCAUAACCACCCAACCCAAAGUCCACAAAGCCCAACCUCAACUCAAACCCACAAAUCUCCAAAGAAAAAGGCCCAAUUCCAAGCCCAAAUCAAUAAGGCCCAUUCUAGACCCAAACAAGAACAAUCAAGCAAUGACAACAAGGGCAAUGUUGAAAAUACUCCUAAUGAUCAAGGUCAACAAGGUCAUUUCCACUACAUACAAUCUCCAACCUAUUGCUCAAAUGAUACCACAAAGAUGGAAAAACAACAUGAAGAAAAGCCUUAUGUAGUUUCUUUUGACAAUAUUACCCCUUUCGACUCGCAAAAUAACUUCGACGUAGUAGAUGACCAAUAUUUACAACAAAACAAUGAUUUCUUUGAUGAACUUAAUGAGCUAGAUUUCAUUAGAAACAAUAAUGUUUUUGACCAAAAAGAAUUCAAAACCUCUUUAGCUUGAUAAUCCCUCUUUUUAUGUCCUUUUAUUCCCCCUUUUCUUUAAUCUUGUAGCAAUGUAUAUAGCUAAUUAAGGUGGUGUGAAGCUCAAACUAGUGGUGACAACUUUAUUUUGCCAUUUUGGACG